AUGGCCGCCUCCGCCAUCCAGCGCUCCGCUUUCGCCGGCCAGACCGCCCUGAAGCAGAGGGACGAGCUCGUCCGCAAGGUCGGCGUCUCUGAUGGCCGUAUCACCAUGCGCCGCACUGUCAAGAGCACUCCCCAGAGCAUCUGGUGAGCAUCUUUCGAUCUGGAUCUGUUAGGGUUUACAGUUGCCUGUUCUUCGCGAUACAGUCGGAUCCUGGCUUUCGUCGUCUCUGAUUCUGAUAUGUUAGAGUUUAGGCUAUCUGUUCUUCGUGAUUUAACCGGAUUCUGGCCAUCUUCGUCUUCUUCUUCUUCUCCUUCGAUCUCGAUCCGUUAGGGUUUACGGUUGCCUGUUCAUCGUGAUAUAGUCGGAUCCCGGCUAUCGUCUUCUCUGAUUCGAAUACAUUAUGGUUUACGGCUACUUGUUCUUCGUGAUUUAGCCGGAUCGUGGCCAUCCUCUUCUUCUUCUUCUUCUUCUUCUCCUUCGAUCUCGAUCUGUUAGGGUUUACGGUCGCCUGUUCUUCGCCAUAUAGUCUCAUCCCGGCUAUCUUCUUCUUCUUCUCUUCGUCUCCUCCGAUCCCAAUCUAUCAGGGUUUGUUCUUCGUGGUUUAACCAGAUCGGAUGAUUAACUAAUGAUUCAGGUACGGGCCGGACCGCCCCAAGUACCUGGGCCCCUUCUCGGAGCAGACCCCCUCAUACCUGACCGGCGAGUUCCCCGGCGACUACGGGUGGGACACCGCGGGGCUCUCCGCGGACCCGGAGACCUUCGCCAAGAACCGGGAGCUUGAGGUGAUCCACAGCCGGUGGGCCAUGCUCGGCGCCCUCGGCUGUGUCUUCCCGGAGAUCCUCUCCAAGAACGGCGUCAAGUUCGGCGAGGCCGUCUGGUUCAAGGCCGGAGCCCAGAUCUUCUCCGAGGGCGGCCUCGACUACCUCGGCAACCCCAACCUGGUCCACGCGCAGAGCAUCCUCGCCAUCUGGGCCGUGCAGGUGGUGCUCAUGGGCUUCAUCGAGGGCUACCGCGUCGGCGGCGGGCCCCUCGGUGAGGGCCUCGACCCGCUCUACCCCGGCGGUGCCUUCGACCCGCUCGGCCUCGCCGACGACCCCGAGGCCUUCGCAGAGCUCAAGGUCAAGGAGCUCAAGAAUGGGCGCCUCGCCAUGUUCUCCAUGUUCGGCUUCUUCGUCCAGGCCAUCGUCACCGGCAAGGGCCCUAUCGAGAACCUCUCCGACCACAUCGCCGACCCUGUCGCCAACAACGCCUGGGCCUACGCCACCAACUUCGUCCCCGGCAAGUAA